UGUAUACAAACGACCUGUGGGCUGUGGCACUUCUCGUUCGCAUGGCUUUGUUGUCAGUAUAAAUAUCCAAUCCAAGGUAGAGCAAAAACAUGACUGCGGAUCUUUGUGAACAGUCUGAGCUCUACAACAUUAUUAAUCAACGCGUCCGUGUGCCACGACUGGCAGAAUGCAAUUAUCUUUGUUUAAUUGACGCACGAACUGCAGGACAGUAUAAUGCGGGGCACAUAAUAACAGCCAGGCAUGCUAAAUGGGAUUCUUGUGACAAUUUCAUUUCCCCUCCCAAUGUGGAGGUCGAAGGCAUGAGGUAUAUCGUUGUGUAUGAUGGUAACUCCAGUUCUUUGUUGGGAGAAGGUCCAGCUCGUAAGUGCAUCAAAGCCCUGGCAGAGUCAAGCCUCUACCCAGUUCUCCUUCUCAAUGGAGGUUAUGAAAAAUUUUCAACUCUCUACCCUUUCUUCAGAACUCAAACCAUUCUUUACACUAUUAAGGAACUGGAGAGUUUGCCAACGUAUCCUGUGGAAAUUUUGCAAGGUCAGCUGUACAUGGGUGAUUACAAGCAAGCGACUUCCUAUGCCAUCACUAAAGAUCUUAAAAUCAGUGCUUUCGUCAAUGUGUCUGAUCAGAACUGCAGCCUAUUCGAAAAGGGACACAAAACGGUCUUAGACGUACGGGUGGCGAAUACCACACAGGCCAAUAUGUACAGUUCUUUUGACACGAUGUGCUCCUUUGUUGGCUCUCGUCUGAAGGCUGGCAGCAGGGUCAUGAUUUUCUCCACUUUUGGCAUCAGCCGGAGCAGCGCUGCCACAAUGGCCGUCCUCAUUGGGCACCUCAAGCUCCCGCUCAAGGAGGCCUGGGACCAUGUGUUGCGGUGCAAGAACAGCAUACGGCCAAAUCGGGGAUUUGUGCAACAGCUAUCUGACUGGGAGAAGCAGUCACUGGGACAAACAGUUACUGACAUUUCAGAGCCAAAGUACUGAGGAGAUUGUAAUCUUCCUAAGGCGCAUCAGCCAUUUGUCCAUUGUGUUUGUCACCAAUUGUUUUAUGUGUUUUUGUAAUGCAUUUAGUCAAUAAAGUUGUUGAGAUUUUG